GGGCGCGGCGGGGCUGGGCCGGGGGGAGUGAGCGCGGCGCUCUCGCGCGCCCGGUGUCUCCCUCUCGCUGCCUCUGCAGAAACAGCUCCUGCCAGAGCGGCGCUCGGCGCGGCGCAGCGGGCCCGGAGCGGCGGCGGCGGCUCUUCCUGCCUCCGCGCCCAGGAGUUGCCGGCUCCCUUUGACAGCAGAGAGCCGGGCAGGGGCCUCAGGAGGACUCGCCGGCAGUGGGCAGAGGCGCCUCGGCCCCUGCCGGCCCAGGCGGGCCCCGCGCGCCCCCCGCCCCUCCUUUCCGCCUCUUCUCGCCCUGCCUCUCCCGAUUUAUUUUUUCAAAUGGUGUAGCCGCCAGAGGUGCGGUGCUCAAUUCUUGGAAGGGGCCCGGAUGUACUGAGGAUGCAUUACAAUUUCACUCGAGGAGGCAGUAGUGGAAAGGAGCAGUUUUUGGGGUUUGAUGCCAUAAUGGGAAUCAGGUAAUCGUCGGCAGGGAAGAAGAAACACUGCAGACCACGGCUUCCUCGAAUCUUGCACGAAAGCCGCCGGCCUCGGAGGAGGGAUUAAUCCAGACCCGCUGGGGGGUGUUUUCACAUUUCUUCCUCUUCGUGGCUGCUCCUCCUUUGAAAACCAUUUUUGGUCCAUGGUCAAUGAGAAUACGAGGAUGUACAUUCCAGAGGAAAACCACCAAGGUUCCAACUAUGGGAGCCCACGCCCCGCCCAUGCCAACAUGAAUGCCAAUGCGGCCGCGGGACUGGCCCCUGAGCACAUCCCCACCCCGGGGGCCGCCCUGUCCUGGCAGGCGGCCAUCGACGCAGCCCGGCAGGCGAAGCUGAUGGGCAGCGCUGGCAACGCGACCAUCUCCACAGUCAGCUCCACGCAGCGGAAGCGGCAGCAAUAUGGGAAACCCAAGAAGCAGGGCAGCACCACGGCCACACGCCCGCCCCGAGCCCUGCUCUGCCUGACCCUGAAGAACCCCAUCCGGAGGGCCUGCAUCAGCAUUGUCGAAUGGAAACCAUUUGAAAUAAUUAUUUUACUGACUAUUUUUGCCAAUUGUGUGGCCUUAGCGAUCUAUAUUCCCUUUCCAGAAGAUGAUUCCAACGCCACUAAUUCCAACCUGGAACGAGUGGAAUAUCUCUUUCUCAUAAUUUUUACGGUGGAAGCAUUUUUAAAAGUCAUCGCCUAUGGACUCCUCUUUCACCCCAAUGCCUACCUCCGCAACGGCUGGAAUCUGCUCGAUUUUAUCAUUGUGGUCGUGGGGCUUUUUAGCGCAAUUUUAGAACAAGCAACCAAAGCAGACGGGGCGAACGCUCUCGGAGGGAAAGGGGCCGGAUUUGAUGUGAAAGCGCUGAGGGCCUUCCGCGUGCUGCGCCCCCUGCGGCUGGUGUCUGGAGUCCCAAGUCUCCAGGUGGUCCUGAAUUCCAUCAUCAAGGCCAUGGUCCCCCUGCUGCACAUCGCCCUGCUCGUGCUGUUUGUCAUCAUCAUCUAUGCCAUCAUCGGCCUGGAGCUCUUCAUGGGGAAGAUGCACAAGACCUGCUACAACCAGGAGGGCAUAGCAGAUGUUCCAGCAGAAGAUGACCCUUCCCCUUGUGCGCUGGAAACAGGCCAUGGGCGGCAGUGCCAGAACGGCACGGUGUGCAAGCCCGGCUGGGAUGGUCCCAAGCACGGCAUCACCAACUUUGACAACUUUGCCUUCGCCAUGCUCACGGUGUUCCAGUGCAUCACCAUGGAGGGCUGGACGGACGUGCUGUACUGGGUCAAUGAUGCCGUAGGAAGGGACUGGCCCUGGAUCUAUUUUGUUACACUAAUCAUCAUAGGGUCAUUUUUUGUACUUAACUUGGUUCUCGGUGUGCUUAGCGGAGAGUUUUCCAAAGAGAGGGAGAAGGCCAAGGCCCGGGGAGAUUUCCAGAAGCUGCGGGAGAAGCAGCAGCUGGAAGAGGAUCUCAAAGGCUACCUGGACUGGAUCACUCAGGCCGAAGACAUCGAUCCCGAGAACGAGGACGAAGGCAUGGAUGAGGAGAAGCCCCGAAACAUGAGCAUGCCCACCAGUGAGACUGAGUCCGUCAACACCGAAAACGUGGCUGGAGGUGACAUCGAGGGAGAAAACUGCGGGGCCAGGCUGGCCCACCGGAUCUCCAAGUCAAAGUUCAGCCGCUACUGGCGCCGGUGGAAUCGGUUCUGCAGAAGAAAGUGCCGUGCCGCGGUCAAGUCUAAUGUCUUCUACUGGCUGGUGAUUUUCCUGGUGUUCCUCAACACGCUCACCAUUGCCUCUGAGCACUACAACCAGCCCCACUGGCUCACGGAAGUCCAAGACACGGCGAACAAGGCCCUGCUGGCGCUGUUCACGGCAGAGAUGCUGCUGAAGAUGUACAGCCUGGGCCUGCAGGCCUACUUCGUGUCCCUCUUCAACCGCUUUGACUGCUUCGUCGUGUGUGGCGGCAUCCUGGAGACCAUCCUGGUAGAGACCAAGAUCAUGUCCCCACUGGGCAUCUCCGUGCUCCGAUGCGUCCGGUUGCUGAGGAUAUUCAAGAUCACGAGGUACUGGAACUCCUUGAGCAACCUGGUGGCAUCCUUGCUGAACUCUGUGCGCUCCAUCGCCUCCCUGCUCCUUCUCCUAUUCCUCUUCAUCAUCAUCUUCUCCCUCCUGGGGAUGCAGCUCUUUGGAGGAAAGUUCAACUUUGAUGAGAUGCAGACCCGGAGGAGCACAUUUGAUAACUUCCCCCAGUCCCUCCUCACUGUGUUUCAGAUCCUGACCGGGGAGGACUGGAAUUCGGUGAUGUAUGAUGGGAUCAUGGCUUAUGGCGGCCCCUCUUUUCCAGGGAUGUUAGUCUGUAUUUACUUCAUCAUCCUCUUCAUCUGUGGAAACUAUAUCCUACUGAAUGUGUUCUUGGCCAUUGCUGUGGACAACCUGGCUGACGCUGAGAGCCUCACAUCUGCCCAAAAGGAGGAGGAAGAGGAGAAGGAGAGAAAGAAGCUGGCCAGGACUGCCAGCCCAGAGAAGAAACAAGAGAUGGUGGAGAAGCCGGCAGUGGAGGAAUCCAAGGAGGAGAAGAUUGAGCUGAAAUCCAUCACAGCUGACGGAGAGUCUCCACCCACCACCAAGAUCAACAUGGAUGACCUCCAGCCCAAUGAAAAUGAGGAUAAGAGCCCCUACCCCAACCCAGAGACUACAGGAGAAGAGGAUGAGGAGGAGCCAGAGAUGCCUGUCGGCCCUCGCCCACGCCCACUCUCUGAGCUUCACCUUAAGGAAAAGGCAGUGCCCAUGCCAGAAGCCAGUGCGUUUUUCGUCUUCAGCUCUAACAACAGGUUUCGCCUGCAGUGCCACCGCAUUGUCAACGACACGAUCUUCACCAACCUGAUCCUCUUCUUCAUUCUGCUCAGCAGCAUUUCCCUGGCUGCUGAGGACCCGGUCCAGCACACCUCCUUCAGGAACCACAUUCUGUUUUAUUUUGAUAUUGUUUUUACCACCAUUUUCACCAUUGAAAUUGCUCUGAAGAUCCUAGGCAAUGCAGACUAUGUCUUCACUAGUAUCUUUACAUUAGAAAUUAUCCUUAAGAUGACUGCUUAUGGGGCUUUUCUGCACAAGGGCUCCUUCUGCCGGAACUACUUCAACAUCCUGGACCUGCUGGUGGUCAGCGUGUCCCUCAUCUCCUUUGGCAUCCAGUCCAGUGCAAUCAAUGUCGUGAAGAUCUUGCGAGUCCUGCGAGUACUCAGGCCCCUGAGGGCUAUCAACAGGGCCAAGGGGCUAAAGCAUGUGGUUCAGUGUGUGUUUGUCGCCAUCCGGACCAUCGGGAACAUCGUGAUUGUCACCACCCUGCUGCAGUUCAUGUUCGCCUGCAUCGGGGUCCAGCUCUUCAAGGGAAAGCUGUACACCUGUUCAGACAGUUCCAAGCAGACAGAGGCGGAAUGCAAGGGCAACUACAUCACGUACAAAGACGGGGAGGUUGACCACCCCAUCAUCCAACCCCGUAGCUGGGAGAACAGCAAGUUUGACUUUGACAAUGUUCUGGCCGCCAUGAUGGCCCUCUUCACCGUCUCCACCUUCGAAGGGUGGCCAGAGCUGCUGUACCGCUCCAUCGACUCCCACACCGAAGACAAGGGUCCCAUCUACAAUUACCGCGUGGAGAUCUCCAUCUUCUUCAUCAUCUACAUCAUCAUCAUCGCCUUCUUCAUGAUGAACAUCUUCGUGGGCUUCGUCAUCGUCACCUUCCAGGAGCAGGGGGAGCAGGAGUACAAGAACUGUGAGCUGGACAAGAACCAGCGACAGUGUGUGGAAUACGCCCUCAAGGCCCGGCCCCUGCGGAGGUAUAUCCCCAAGAACCAGCACCAGUACAAAGUGUGGUACGUGGUCAACUCCACCUACUUCGAGUACCUGAUGUUCGUCCUCAUCCUGCUCAACACCAUCUGCCUGGCCAUGCAGCACUACGGCCAGAGCUGCCUGUUCAAAAUCGCCAUGAACAUCCUCAACAUGCUCUUCACUGGCCUCUUCACCGUGGAGAUGAUCCUGAAGCUCAUUGCCUUCAAACCCAAGGGUUACUUUAGUGAUCCCUGGAAUGUUUUUGACUUCCUCAUCGUAAUUGGCAGCAUAAUUGACGUCAUUCUCAGUGAGACUAAUCACUAUUUCUGUGAUGCAUGGAAUACAUUUGACGCCUUGAUUGUUGUGGGUAGCAUUGUUGAUAUAGCAAUCACCGAGGUAAACCCAGCUGAACAUACCCAAUGCUCUCCCUCUAUGAACGCAGAGGAAAACUCGCGCAUCUCCAUCACCUUCUUCCGCCUAUUCCGGGUCAUGCGCCUGGUGAAGCUGCUGAGCCGCGGGGAGGGCAUCCGGACGCUGCUGUGGACCUUCAUCAAGUCCUUCCAGGCCCUGCCCUAUGUGGCCCUCCUGAUCGUGAUGCUGUUCUUCAUCUACGCGGUGAUCGGGAUGCAGGUGUUUGGGAAAAUUGCCCUGAAUGAUACCACAGAGAUCAACCGGAACAACAACUUUCAGACCUUCCCCCAGGCCGUGCUGCUCCUCUUCAGGUGUGCCACCGGGGAGGCCUGGCAGGACAUCAUGCUGGCCUGCAUGCCAGGCAAGAAGUGUGCCCCGGAGUCCGAGCCCGGCAACAGCACGGAGGGUGAGACACCCUGUGGCAGCAGCUUUGCCGUCUUCUACUUCAUCAGCUUCUACAUGCUCUGUGCCUUCCUGAUCAUCAACCUCUUUGUAGCUGUCAUCAUGGACAACUUUGACUACCUGACAAGGGACUGGUCCAUCCUUGGUCCCCACCACCUGGAUGAGUUUAAAAGAAUCUGGGCAGAGUAUGACCCUGAAGCCAAGGGUCGUAUCAAACACCUGGAUGUGGUGACCCUCCUCCGGCGGAUUCAGCCCCCACUAGGUUUUGGGAAGCUGUGCCCUCACCGAGUGGCUUGCAAACGCCUGGUCUCCAUGAACAUGCCUCUGAACAGCGACGGGACGGUCAUGUUCAAUGCCACCCUGUUUGCCCUGGUCAGGACAGCUCUGAGGAUCAAAACAGAAGGGAACCUCGAACAGGCCAAUGAGGAGCUGCGGGCCAUCAUCAAGAAGAUCUGGAAGCGGACCAGCAUGAAGCUGCUGGACCAGGUGGUGCCUCCUGCAGGCGAUGAUGAGGUCACCGUUGGCAAGUUCUACGCCACAUUCCUGAUCCAGGAGUACUUCCGGAAAUUCAAGAAGCGCAAAGAGCAGGGUCUUGUGGGCAAACCCUCCCAGAGGAACGCGCUGUCUCUGCAGGCUGGCUUGCGCACGCUGCACGACAUCGGGCCUGAGAUCCGACGGGCCAUCUCCGGAGACCUCACCGCUGAGGAGGAGCUGGACAAGGCCAUGAAGGAGGCUGUGUCCGCUGCUUCUGAAGAUGACAUCUUCAGGAGGGCCGGUGGCCUGUUUGGCAACCACGUCAGCUACUACCAAAGCGACGGCCGGAGCGCCUUCCCCCAGACCUUCACCACUCAGCGCCCGCUGCACAUCAACAAGGCGGGCAGCAGCCAGGGCGACACUGAGUCGCCGUCCCACGAGAAGCUGGUGGACUCCACCUUCACCCCCAGCAGCUACUCGUCCACCGGCUCCAAUGCCAACAUCAACAAUGCCAACAACACCGCCCUGGGUCGCCUCCCUCGCCCUGCCGGCUACCCCAGCACGGUCAGCACUGUGGAGGGCCAUGGGCCCCCCUUGUCCCCUGCCAUCCGGGUGCAGGAGGUGGCGUGGAAGCUCAGCUCCAAAAGGUGCCACUCCGGGGAGAGCCAGACAGCCAUGGUGGGUCCGGAGGAGACGUCUCAGGAUGAGACCUAUGAAGUGAAGAUGAACCAUGACGCGGAGGCCUGCAGUGAGCCCAGCCUGCUCUCCACAGACAUGCUGUCCUACCAGGAUGACGAAAAUCGGCAACUGACGCUCCCAGAGGAGGACAAGAGGGACAUGCGGCAAUCCCCAAAGAGGGGUUUCCUCCGCUCCGCCUCACUAGGUCGAAGGGCCUCCUUCCACCUGGAAUGUCUGAAGCGACAGAAGGACCGAGGGGGAGACAUCUCUCAGAAGACAGUCCUGCCCUUGCAUCUGGUUCAUCAUCAGGCAUUGGCAGUGGCAGGCCUGAGCCCCCUCCUCCAGAGAAGCCAUUCCCCUGCCUCAUUCCCCAGGCCUUUUGCCACCCCCCCGGCCACACCUGGCAGCCGAGGCUGGCCGCCACAGCCCAUCCCCACCCUGCGGCUGGAGGGCGCCGAGUCCAGUGAGAAACUCAACAGCAGCUUCCCGUCCAUCCACUGCGGCUCCUGGGCUGAGACCACCCCCGGUGGCGGGGACAGCAACACCACCCGGAGAGCCCGGCCCGUCUCCCUCAUGGUGCCCAGCCAGGCUGGGGCCCCGGGGAGGCAGUUCCACGGCAGUGCCAGCAGCCUGGUGGAAGCGGUCUUGAUUUCUGAAGGACUGGGGCAGUUCGCUCAAGAUCCCAAGUUCAUCGAGGUCACCACCCAGGAGCUGGCGGACGCCUGCGACAUGACCAUAGAGGAGAUGGAGAGCGCGGCCGACAACAUCCUCAGCGGGGGCGCCCCGCAGAGCCCCAAUGGCGCCCUCUUACCCUUUGUGAACUGCAGGGACGCGGGGCAGGACCGAGCCGGGGGCGAAGAGGACGCGGGCUGUGCGCGCGCGCGGGGGCGCCUGAGCGAGGAGGAGCUCCAGGACAGCAGGGUCUACGUCAGCAGCCUGUAGUGGGCGCUGCCAGAUGCGGGCUUUUUUUAUUUGUUUCAAUGUUCCUAAUGGGUUCGUUUCAGAAGUGCCUCACUGUUCUCGUGACCUGGAGUUAACCGGAACAGCGUCUUCAUUCAUUUCUGUUGGGACAAGACGCGGAGCCUGGGUGCGCGAGCCGCCCUCCGGGAGGAAGGCGCCCGGCUGCGUCUGCAGAGGCGGGGAGAGGAGGCGGCGAAGGUCCCGGGGCGCGAGGAAGGCGCCUGCCCUCUCCCAGCCCGCAGGCCCCGGGCCCAGCCACGCCUCUGCGGGGAGAGCACCCCGGCUUCCCGCGCGCCCUCACCCAAAGGACCCUACAGCAAACGGGUGUCUUUCGACUCUGCUUGUAGAAACCAUUUGCACAUAUUCUGUACGAGCCUCGCUGUCUCCCUAGAGCCAGGGUCCCGCGGAUUUGGAGAAGGGAGCGGGGCAGGACUUCCAGGAGGACCCCAGCCCGGCCCGGAGAGGGAGGCGGCGGCCGUCAGGGGCGCGGAGCUUUGGGGAUGGGCGUCGGGCCGGCCAUGGUGCCGCUCACCCCGACCCGCCCCUGCCCACCUGCGACGGGAUCCCCCGACCGGCACGGGCCACGCCGAGCUCCCGGCCAGCCGCCGGCCCGCAGGCAGCGCAAGGGAGGAGCUGCGCCGCCGGGAAGGGGCCGCCGGCUCCGCGCAACCAGGUGGUGCUGAGCUUCCGCUGAGCGCUCUUUUGUUUUGUGGUUUGACACUUUUCUUGACAGCAUGUUGCAGUUUCUUUUUGGUUUUGGGUUUUUUUUAUUUUUUAUUUUGUUUUCCCAGGGGGAGGGGAGGAAGAAGAGUGUUUACAAAGUCCUGUAGCCCCCUCACCUUUCUGUUUUCACUUUUGCCAAUGUACAUCCGGUUUGGUUUUCUUGUAUUAUUUAAACGGUUGUGGUUUCCUUUUUCCACGGAGGUUCAAUAGAAGCCGCUGCAGGAGAGUUUUACCAACCAUUGUGUAUGCCCAAUAAUUUGUUAUCAUUUCCUUAGGUAGCAACCUAUUUUUGUUCUGGUUUGGUUCGGUUUUCUCAUGGAAAGGUAAUUGCAAUGCACUUGAUGUGGUCUUGCACAUGUGGGUGAUAGAGUUGGGUUCCUUUUAAUGCUGGGUGUACAGGUGGGUUUGGGAGAGAGGAGCAUGCGCGAGAGUCUCCGAGUGUGUGCGACGCGUGUGUGUGUGGUGGGUUGUCUGUGUGCAUAUGUCCUGCCUAUGUAUAUGCACCCACACCAUGUGCCCGUGCACACCAGUGACUACGCAGUCCCCCCUUUCUGGUUUAGCUGUGAGAAGAUCUGAAUCUGGGGCCAUUUGAAAGCAAAAACAAACCACUGUCUCUGCUUCUGAAAUGGGAAUCAGUAACUCUUUGCAUUUUCUGUCCCACAAGAUAUGCAAAAACAAUGCAAUAAUAUUCAUUUAAAAAUACAAUUGUGAGUUGUGUUGGCAUUAAAACUGUAUUUUAAAAAAAAGACACAGAAAUUUAAGGGAAAAACACAAGAAGGCAUUUUGCUUCACUAUAUUCCGUGUAAUGUUUUAUUGCAUUGAUAAUGUUUCUGUUGAAGAAACCGUUAUACUUGAAUUCAGGUCAGUUUCAGUAUUUUUCAAAUAUUUUUUUAAAACUGAAUUGCAAUUGUGCCAAGCGAAUAUAAUGAAUUGAAUUAAGUUGGUUUUCGGAUUCACUUCUUGUAUAUUUUGCUGCAUGUAAAGUAAAUCAUUUUGUAUUUGGAGUGUGACAAGCUUUACCUUUGAACUCUUAAGUGCUUUUCUAUAUGUGGUUGGGGGAAGGGAACAAGUUUUCUCUAAUUUGCACAAUGAGCAAAGGUAUCACCAGUGUAGUCAUUAUUCUGCUCUCCACAAACAGGUUUGGACAUUACUGUUUUGCAUAUCUUGUGUUCGCUUCCGUUUGCCUCAAUUUUUCCAAAAUCAUUUGCUGGGUAUGUUCGUACCGCCUCUUGCUGUGAUAGACCAGGACCUAUUUUAUUCCAGGCUUCACUGUCCACUCUGCUCUGGUCAUCUGAUUUGGUACUUCUCCAAGAACAGCCCUUCACUGUUAGGCGUAGGGAGGCGUUCUGACCAGCCCUCAGUCACCGGGCUGGCAUCCGCAUCCCCCACGGAAGAGGUGGCUGGCUUUGCCUUCGCUCCCACCACACAGACUUUUCUCGUUGGCUUCCUUAGGAAAGUGUACACCAACCGGGAGGAUAAAAUUAAAGUCAGGCUGCUUGGAGGGAGGGCAUCCUCACUUCAGGAUUCCGCUCUACCCAGCGAGGGCAGCAGGGGCUCGAGAAAGGAACGGGUGAAACCCUGAUCCAUCUGAAAGUCAACUCUGCGUGCUCCUUUCUCCAUCCCUUCCUCACUCUGGAGCAGCCUUUCCUUCGGGCUUGCCCUAAUGUUUGGGCUGCUGAGGAGGAGGCCAGGACAGAGGAAGAGGCAUCCGGAGAUCACAGUGGGGGUGGGAACAGAUUUUGUAGGGGCAUCUCUGAUGCUCACGUAUCUCCCUAGAACAUCACUCUUUUGGUGCUGUGUCCUUCAAAUGUGUAUCAACAGUGAUGGCUGAAAAGGGACUGCUUUGGGGAAAACUGGACCCAACCAUUCCCCCAGAACUGACCCAUUGAAUCUCUUUCAGUCCUAGUGUUCCCUCAGCCCCUCUUGGCACAUAUAUAAGUAAGCUAGAAAUUAAAAAAAGGGACAGUCCAUUCCUCUAUGACAGCUUGCUGGACUGAUUCAUGAAAAAGUGGAGAAAUGUACUUGAUACUCCCUGGUUAACACAGUCUAGAAACAGAGUUUCUUUAUGGGUAUCCACACCGAAGUCAUCCGGACUUUCGUGAUUCCUUUUCAGUGCCACCAAGGUCCUCUAGAAAUUGAGUUUAGGUAUCAUCCUUUAUAAAGUUCCGAAGAUUUCUACCCGGAGGUACACACGGGCGUUCCCUGUCUAGGACGGGAGGACUGUCCGAGACUGAUCUUCCGAUCUAGAAUAAGACUGGUGUACGAUGCCUGUCAUCAGAACAGACUGGCACAAGUAGUGACACCAAUGAACCGCAUCCACAGUUUUCCGAGUGAUGUCUACUCUCCACCUAAAAUGGAAUUUUCCCCAUGACCUUAUAAAACAUAAUUGUCACAUCUUCCAUACCCCUCCUGACAGCCCCCAAGUGGCAGGAGAAAACAGCCAGGGGCUAAGGGCCCAAGGGACUUGAAGAAACAGUUUAAGGUCUGCAGUUUGGUCAGCUUAAUUCUUUGUCCUCUGACCAGCCCUGCCUCUUUCAUUUCCAGACCUUAGAGAAUUUUUCCCAGCUUUGAUUCAGAAGGUAUUAUUAUAACCCCUUUCCUCCUUCUUAAUCCAGUAGGUCUCACUCUGGGAAAUCCACUCAAAAGAGCAAGGCAAUGACUCUCAUUCUGUUUCCCAGUUCCAAAUUCCAGGUGCUUGUCUGGAGUGAAGCUGCCUGUUUUUUUUUCUCCCAGCUUUUCUCCACCCAGCAUGUCUCCUGACUGUGCAGCUGAAGACACGGGGGGCAACCUCAGGAAACGCAGCCCUUUCCAUGCCCAAGUUCAUCUCCUGAGAAAUAGGGACACCUUGAAAAUGAGGACUUUGGAAGUCACCCAAAGGAUGGUGGCUACUUUAUGGAGUCCUGAAGAUACACAGCCACCACUCCUAAAGGCAAAGAAGUAGAACAAGGAUGUAGGUCAGGGAUAGAGUGGAACCCUGGUCAUCAGGGUUUUUAGCCUCAUCGUGGGAGAGGUGGCAAAGGAGGAUGACGGCCUCUCCGUCCCUAGAGGCCUAGAAUAAUUGAAAUAUCAUUGUUGAGGAUUUAGAAACAAUUCAACAAAGAGGCCACAACAGGGGCUGCUGACUCCCAGAAGACCUCUUUAAACCCCAGGGGCGGCAAAUACUUGCUGAUGCAGUCCGGGCCAAUUCCAUGUUUUAAUGAAGACCUGCCUCUGGGGCAAAUGUCAGCACAGGGAGGACUGGGAGGAGAAUGGAGGCAAGAAAAGGGCAUAGUUUGACUCCCUCUGGGUCUCUUCCCAGUUCAUGGAAGGACGUAUUCAGCUCACCCACCCACAGUGAUCCGUGUGGUGGAGCCGCUGACAUCUCAAGGAUUUGGGAAGGUGAGAAGAGCACACGUUCCAUCUGGGGGUGUUGUCCCAGCCAUGUCAGCCUACCUGGCGGGGUGUGAGGGUGUCUGCCGCCCUGACCCCCCUCUGCUGAUGUCCCUCCCCUCACGUGGUCCAGGUGCCACCUGACACAGGCUCCUGUGCAAAGACAGGCAGGGAAGCCCGCAUCUCACUCACAGGGAGGCCCUCAGCUGCCAGAGUCCAGGUUCUCCAGCGGCUACGAUUUGAGGAGGUUGAGGGGGAAGAUAGGAGGCAGAGAAGAGUCCUACAACUGUCAGGAAUGGGGCACCUUUCCCUGUCCCUAAGCAGAGCUUCCUCUUCCCACUGCCCUCCCCGGCCCCAGCUCUCUGUCUUUCCCAACACCUAGUGAGAAAGACGGUGCGUGGAAGGGAGUCCCAUGGGCAGAUGCUUACACAACCUCUUUGUGAAGCCACUUCUGGGCUUAACUUCAUUCAUCAAUUUAUUUUUACGUCAAAGCAAUGAAACACUUCUUUGUGGAGCCAGAUACCAGUAUAACAGGUGAAUGGGUUUCUGCCACAUCUCCACAUUACUGGGGGGGAUGCUUGAACCACCUCCCUAGGACACACACCUUUAAGGCACAAGGGCUGGGGUUGAGCUCUAGAUAAGGGACUUUCCUGCUCCUGCAAGGGUGAGCACUGUAUACACAGACAAGGAGGGCGCAGCAGAGUGGCUCCCUCGGGUGGAAGUAGUACCAUCAGAAGCUCCUGUUAUUAUGAGAUACAUUCUAUUUAUGUACAUUGAGAGAAUACUACAAUCAACACUUUUACCUGGGAUGACUUUAAGAGGUUUGAGCCAAAGUACCUGAAGUGGCAAAGAUCCGUGGUCUUUGUGGGGUAUUAGAGAAGCGUUCCAGGCACUCUGGAUCUUGCAGCUGAGUGGAUGAAGGGUAAACACAUCUGCGGAGCACCGAGAGGAGUCAGAGUUAGCAUUUUUCAUGAAAAUUCUCCCACAUCUCUACUAAGAAUGAGGAGGAAAAGAUGAAGACUAAGUAAUUACACUGAGGUUUGAAAUGUUACGUCACCAGAGCCAAGUCCUCUCCCUUCAGAUAGGUUACUGGCUGCUACACAGGGACACCCCCACCUUUUCAGGGCAUCCCAUGCACCCCAAUUCUCAGAAUCUAAGGAAUUUGACUUUGUAGGGAUCCCAGAAAGGGCACCGUGCCACUUCCCCUGGUGUGAAUCAGACAUACAUUGUACAUUCAUUUCUAAAAUUCACUCAUGCACCUCAAACCAAGGUUAUUAUCAAAAAGCUCUGGGUGGAAGAGCUUGUAGGUUUUUUAAGAGUGGGUCAUUUCUAUGUGAGGAAAUGCAGAAAUGGACAGAAUGAUUCUUAUUCACUGUUUGGGUCUGGAGAAUUCCCGUUAUGGAAUUCUUAGAGAUCUCAAGUUUAUUACCAAGGGAAUUAGGAAAAAGAAGUGAGCAGGCACCAGGCCAAGCAGUGACUCCCUUGCCAAGGAACCUGAGGCUGCAGGAUUCAGGGACCUCCUUGAGGAAACCUCUCCUGGCCACUGGCCAGGAGAAAAGAGAAGGUUCUCCUAUAGAGUGAAAAGAAGCAAAAGAGAGUGGGUCACUGGGUCCUGUACAUAGCACCCAACCCCAAGACUUCCCAACAUGGAGAAACUAUACCAAUGUUUAAAAGGGGGAAAGGAAAGAACUUGCACAUCAAGGGAAGACGAUUUGUAAACACACAGUCCUGUGCAAAAAGAUCUCCUUCAGGAGGUGUCUCCAGCAUCCCAAAGCUGUGCGCACCUCCUCUUUUCCUGCUCAGGCCACCUAUGCAUCCAGCUGCAGCCCAUCCCCACACCUGAAAUCCAUCUCUUGAAUCCCAGCCAGAUUAUAUACCACCCCAUUUCCAUGUCCUGUCCUGCCCAGAAUGCAUGCUGUUCUCCCAGAGCCUGAUGGGAAUGAGGCCUUGCAAUGAGGCCAUGGGAAACAGAGAUGAGCAUGUCUGGACAAGUCUGUGAUGGUAGUGGAUGAGAAUAACCCAUGGCAAAACACACACGCUCAUUAAGAAAUAGGGUGACAGAUUCCCCACUGGUGAAGCACUGAAAGGUCUAUUACUCUCAUAACAUUGCUGUUUCAUUUUAAUCCACCAGAGCUACCAUGCAAAACUUUCCUCCAGUGAAAGGCUCCAGAUAAAGCUCCCCUCUCCUCGUGUCCUCCUGCUCAGACCCACCUUCAUCCGCCAAACCAAUCUGUAUCAUGCCUGUUAUCAGAGAGGCACAGAAAGAUGGGCACUGCCUCCAUUGUCACUGUUCCCCACACCCCUACACACCCCCACAUCCUCCCCUCCAGGCUCCACGACUUCACAGUCUUACUGUUGUAAAUAUCAUUGUACAGUUUGUAAUCCUCAAAUAAUCCCAUUGUCAGAGGCCUCGCCUGAUGGCCUUCUCACCCUCGAGAAAGGCCAGGGAACCUGGAAGGGGCAACCCUUCAAGGAGAGCUUCAGGGUCAUCUCUGUGUGAGACACUAUUGUAUAUUCCUGUAAGAUUGCAUUUUUAUCUAAGGAAUGAUGUUAUUUAAAAAACAAACAAAAAACACAAAAAAUAAGAAUUGCAAAUAAAUUUCUUAACAAUGUCUA